UACACGUGGUUAUGCUGUUCCAUUUGGAUAAUGUGAUAUGCAAAUCCGGAUUUCCUUCCCUCUCUUCCCUCGUUCUCCUCAGCAAGCUGUCAGCUGUAGAGACGUGUGGUGCACCUUGUUUCCUGACCCUGCCUUCCUACCAUGUCCGCAAUCGAAGGGGACACUUUGAUUCCCCGCAAGUACCAAGAAGAGGUCUUCGUCCAAGCCCAGGAAGGCAAUAUCAUCGCAGCAUUGGGAACUGGUAGCGGCAAGACCUUCAUUAGUAUCCUUCUCAUUCGAUGGAUUGCAACCAAGGAGGCUUCCCAAGGCAAAGCUGUCGUAUUUCUGGUUCCGAAGGUCGCGCUAGUCGAACAGCAAGGCGACUUUAUCGCCAAACACACGUCGUUACGCGUCAUAAAGCUGCACGGAGCUCUCGACAUAGAUUUGACCGACAGGGCUGGAUGGCAGAAGAAAUUCCUGCAGAAUGACGUCUUUGUGAUGACAGCGCAGAUAUUCCUCAAUCUUAUCACUCAUUCGCUGUGGAACAUACCGAAGGUCUCUCUGAUCGUUUUCGAUGAAUGUCACCAUACACGGAAGAAUCAUCCGUACAACAGCAUUAUGCGCGAAUACAAACAUGUCGCUACCUCUGACCGGCCAAAGAUAUUCGGGAUGACCGCCUCUCCCAUUCUGAACCCACGAGAUGCCAUUCGUUCCAUGGAAGAACUCGAGGCAAACCUAGACGCCACGAUCGUCGGCAUUCAGACGCAUGUUUCCGAGCUUAUGGAAAACUCGCCUAAGCCAUCGGAGACUAUACAGAUAUACCCGCCUCCUCCCUUGAGACCCAGCUGCCCCAUCUCUACAUUAUGGGCCUCGUUAACUGUUUUCGAUAUCAUGCAAUAUUCCGACAUUGAGGUUCCUUGGGCAGAAAUCGAGCGAAGAUACCGUGUAACACUCCACAAUCUAGGUCCCUUCUCAGCGUCUCUCUAUCUUCAUGCAGAGAUGUGGCAUCAAAUUAGGACGUUAAUACUGCAAAAUAGCAGUUUCAUCUCAGAGUCCGCGGCUGGGGAGACCGUUGAAGUUGUUACCGCACCAGCCCCCAAAGAACUUCCUGCUGAGGUAUACCACAUUGCUGAGAUCCUCCUCGAUUUUCAGUCCUUCUUCAUCCUCGAGUCGAAUCCAACUUGCUCGCCAUUACCCAUUCCGCUCGAAUGGUGCACACCGAAGAUUAAGACACUUGUCGACGUAAUCCUGGCACAUCAUUCCUCCACUUUCCAGGGCAUCGUAUUCGUAGAGCAACGGCAGACAGCUAUGUGUCUCGCCAAGCUUCUUCCCAACAUUCCGCAGCUCAACGGUCUCGUACGAUGCGCAGAUUUAGUGGGCCAUGGUGUCAACAGCGAAGGAGUGUCCAAGGACAUUACAACGGCUAAUCAAGGAGAGGUCGUUAAGUCGUUCCGAGCCAAGGAAAUAAAUUUACUUAUCGCCACUUCUGUAGCUGAAGAGGGCCUCGAUUUUCCGGCCUGUGAUCUGGUCAUCCGUUUUGACAAAGUCCAGCAUCUGGUAGGAUAUGUUCAGUCUCGUGGGCGUGCUCGAAACAAGGCCUCGAACUUUGUUAUCAUGGUUCAAAACGACGACAUAGCCUACCUCUCCAAGUACCAGCAGCUAUGCUCUGCAGAGCCCGAGCUAAAGGCAAUCUACCAGGCCCGGCGGGAGGAAAGCGAAGUCAAAGCCGCGACAGAGGAAGAAGAGGAAGAGAUACUUGAUCCCCUCGACCUAGCGGCUCGCGAGCGGUAUGACAUUCCGUCGACAGGCGCUUUCGCCAGCUACGAUAACUCUAUAUCGUUGCUUAACUACCUAUGCUCCCUCAUUCCUUGCGACAGGUACACCCCUCAGCAUGUCCCUGUCUAUACCGGAGAUUUCCAAUCGACCCUUCGUCUCCCUGCAGCCCUUCCGAUCCCCUCUGAAAACCUGCUUUUCCACGGUCCUGUGAAGCGCUCGAAGAAGGAGGCGAAACGCGCAGUAGCCUUUCAGGCUGUGAAGCAUUUACACGCUCUAGACGUUUUUGAUGACUACCUCCUUCCGGUCUCUAGUAAACGUCAAAACGACAAGGAUUUGGAUGGGAGAGCUAUACCUGAGGUCAACGUUCCGGAAACAUUGGAUGUUCCGGUUCGGGAUCCUUGGACAUUAGGUCCUAAUCUCUGGAUGCAUGCGGUCUUUAUCGACGGGCGACAUGUUGCUGGGUUGAUCACCGGCACGAAACUUCCUGAAGCCUCCGUUCGUAGUUAUUCUUCGGUUGCCGAGAUUCGACAGGCCCAACGAGUGCCCCUGACCGCGUCAGAGCGAGUAACCAUGGAUCAGUAUACGAGGCAGGUUAUUUGGCAUCGUAACACAGCCAGAGAGACCAUUCUCCCCCUCAGCCUUUUCCUUGUUCCAAUGACUUCGUCUCACUUGCCUGAUUUUGAUGCUAUGAACCGUCUUCUUGCUGACCCUCAAGGGACUUCUGAUUGGAGCAGCAUUGGUGAGCAGGACUAUAACAAAGUGAUGGUCUUAAAUCGAAAUCAGAACGGGAGGCCUUAUCUCCUCCAUCGUAUCCGCCACGACCUUACUCCCAUGUCAACUCCUCCUCCUGGCUCGCCUGAAGCUACUUCCGCAACCUACUAUGAGUUCUUCGUCAACCGUUGGACUAGGAAGAAAUGGACAGCAGAAAUUCCCACUGAUGGACCCAUGAUCGAAGUCACCAUCUUACCCCGUUCGAAUAUAGGUUCGUAUACCCUUGAGUCGCAAAUCGACAAGGCAUCCCAAGGAUCUCAAAGUCAGCUGGUUCGCCUUCUACCGCUUGGUUGUUGUGGCUGGCUAGAUAUGUCGUACGAUAUGAUCCAGGCUUAUCAAGUUCUUCCCCAACUCAGCCGUCGUAUCACCGACAUAUAUCGUGCCUGUCAAGCAAGGUUUGAACUAGGACUUCCUCCAAUCUUGGAUGACCUGCUAGUCCAAGCCUUGACUAUACCGGGCACCCAAGCCAGCUUCAACAACCAGCGCCUGGAAACCCUAGGUGACGCCGUAUUAGAACUCUGCACCACUGUUCAUCUCUUCAACAAGUAUCCCUACCGGCACGAAGGUCAGCUCGAUAACAUGAGGCAGGGAAGUAUCUCCAAUCGUUUCCUCAUGGUGAGAGCUUUGGAUGCGGGCUUGCAUCAUUUCGUUACCGGGGAGUCUCAUAGCUUGAGGACGUGGAGAUAUGUUUUGGACGAGGAUGGUGAUUCCGAGGAUGCGAAGCGCUAUGCACAACGGACGUACCCAAGGAGGAGUCUUCAGGAUUGUAUGGAGGCUACGUUGGGUGCAGCUUUUAUUACGGGUGGGAUACCUAUGGCUUUGCAUGCAGGUUUUGCGCUUGGACUGGCUAUGGGAGAUCCCACACCUUGGCCGGAACGUUAUGGCAUGAAAUCUGAAAGAGUCGUGUCAUCCCUCUUCUCUCAGCUGGAGGAACGACUAGGGUACAGGUUCCGGAAUGGCCGUCUCCUUGUCGAAGCCGUUACUCACCCUUCGUUCGCGUCGUUCGCUGAUACUACUUCCUAUCAGCGGCUUGAAUUCCUAGGGGACGCAUUGCUGGAUCUCGUCGUGGUGCAUUAUCUGUACGCAAAGUUUCCGGAAGCCACCUCUGAACAACUGGCUCUUCCCCGAACUAAGGCUGUCUGUUCAGCUGCUUUGGCCUUUCUAGGCGUCAAGCAUCUCGACUUGCAUACAGUCGCACUCAUCAACAACGUGGAGCUAAGCAUGGCUAUGGAAGAUUACGUUCCCAUUCUCAAAACGCUUUCAAGUACGGAUAUCGUUACGCAGGGAUACAAGUAUGAUCCGCCAAAGGUGAUCAGCGAUAUUUUUGAGAGUGUUAUGGGUGCUGUCCUCAUCGAUUCGGGAUAUAACUACGAGCUUGCUGCAGCGAUAGUGGAGUAUGUUAUGGAGGAUAUACUGGUCGUCCUUUCUCCGACUGUUCGCCGGGAUCCCGUUACUGAGCUGUAUCAGUGGGUCGCCCGUUCAGGCUGUCGAAACAAGAUUGUCAUCUCACACGAACCCAAGGGGAAGCACGUUGGCGUAGUGAUUCAUUUGCAUAGCGAGCAUAUCGUUGGCCCGAUCGUUUCCAGCAGUCUCGGCACCUCAAAAUUUGCUGCGGCUGAGAGGGCUUUGGGGAUCUUGAGAGAUGACACCAAGGACAAGAGUCUGGAUCGGAUAUGCAACUGUUCCGAGUUAAUGGAUGUUGAUACAGGGAUUGCAUUGGAAUCCAUGGGUGAUGGUAUCGAGAGACUGUCAUUACAGAGAGAUGGCGUAGAGGAAUCCGAUUUAGUCAUCCUGCAAGCAGAGGGUGCCAACUUGGAUUAUACGAUUGAGUGUGGCUGACAUUGUGUCCUAUACUUUGCAACAAUGU